UGUGUAUGUAUAGGCAUGGCUCACAUACAUCUCAUCAAUGAUCAAACCCACCUUGCUUUCAAACACAAGAAUUUUUGAAAGCGAUGGAGGUUGUUGAGUUGAAGGUUCGCCUGCACUGCAAAGCAUGUGAGAAAGCAGUCCGCAAAUCCUUGUGCAAGAUUAAAGGGGUAACGUGCGUGGAAAUAGAUGUGGUAUUGAACAAGAUCACAGUUCUGGGCUACAUUGACCGUAAAGCAGUGGUGAAAGCUGUGCACAAAACAGGCAGAAGAGCUGAGGUGGUAUGGACAUCAUCCUGUCGCUGGGAGAAGCCCAGAUCACGGGCAACUGCUUUUGGGUGCAUCAAUAUCCCUAGAUGGGGUUUCUAAUAAGCAUUAUUUUAAUUAGGUUUUGCUUGCCUUCAAUUGCAAGAAACGAAAAACAAUAAUCGAUAUGCAUGGAUUAAUGUCAAAGUUUCUGGCCA